GUCAUGCGCAGUAGUUUUAGUACUGUGGCUCGGCCAGGCGCCAUUUUGCAAGCGUCUUGCGAUUGUUUGAGAAACGCUCUUGAAAAGUCAGUGUUUUUAACACGCUAGUACUGGUGAAUUUCACAAGUUUAAAACCGAAAAGCCGGUAUGGGUGACUAUCAAGUGGCAGCAGUUCAACAAGAAGCUCUCGGUGCUGUUCAAUUGGAACUCGGAGGAAAUCCCAAUGCCCUCGCAUUACGCCGGCCUUUCGAUCCACUUGCCCACGAUCUGGAAGCAAGCUUCAGGUUAACGCGUUUUGCGGAUCUGAAAGGCCGCGGAUGCAAAGUACCCCAAGAAGUCCUCAACAAACUCGUAGAAGGGCUCCAGCAGGAUUACAACUCCGCAGAACAUGAACAUGCUCACUUCAUGCAUAUGGCAAUUCCUAGGAUCGGAAUCGGCCUUGAUUGUUCGGUUACUCCUCUACGUCAUGGAGGUUUGUGCCUCGUCCAAACCACAGAUUUCUUCUACCCCUUGGUUGAUGAUCCGUAUAUGAUGGGCAAAAUAGCUUGUGCCAAUGUCUUGAGUGACUUAUAUGCCAUGGGAGUGACGGAAUGUGACAACAUGCUCAUGUUACUCGGUGUCAGCACCAAAAUGACUGAGAAAGAAAGAGAUGUUGUCAUUCCUCUCAUUAUGCGUGGAUUCAAGGAUUCUGCUCUGGAGGCAGGUACCACUGUUACCGGGGGUCAAACAGUGGUCAAUCCCUGGUGUACGAUUGGUGGAGUUGCUACCACUGUUUGUCAACCCAAUGAAUAUAUUGUUCCCGAUAACGCCGUUGUUGGAGAUGUGCUAGUUCUUACCAAACCCCUGGGCACGCAGGUAGCCGUCAACGCCCAUCAAUGGUUGGACCAACCGGAACGUUGGAACAGAAUCAAACUGGUCGUUAGUGAAGAAGACGUCCGGAAAGCGUAUCACCGUGCCAUGGACUCGAUGGCCCGUCUCAACCGUAUUGCCAGCAGACUUAUGCACAAAUAUAACUCACAUGGCGCAACAGACAUCACUGGUUUCGGUCUGCUAGGCCAUGCCCAAACCCUGGCUUCGCACCAGAAGAACGAAGUCUCCUUUGUUAUCCACAACUUGCCCGUAAUUGCCAAGAUGGCAGCAGUAGCGAAAGCUUGCGGAAACAUGUUCCAACUUCUCCAGGGACACUCUGCAGAAACUUCUGGAGGGUUGUUGAUCUGCUUACCCCGUGAACAAGCCGCGGCUUACUGCAAGGAUAUAGAGAAGCAGGAGGGAUACCAGGCGUGGAUCAUCGGUAUUGUAGAAAAAGGUAACAGAACGGCCCGCAUUAUUGACAAACCACGAGUGAUCGAGGUUCCCGCCAAGGAAUAAGACAUUUAUCAGAUAUAUAGAUAUAUAUCCAAUACAUUUCACGUAAGUUUUGACUGUACACCUGGGUCGGAAGUAUGAUCCACGACAGCUUGAGAAUUUAAUUUGUCAUUUUAGUUUUGAGCCUCUUGAAUCGUUUCCAGAUUCAAUAUUUUUAUUUGGUCUUCAGACUUUGAACUCGAUAGUUAUUAUCUAUGUUAAGGUAUUUUAAAGUUUGUUUAUGCGGUUUCAACAAGUUCAACAACAAUUUAUGAUUUUACAUGUAGAAAGAUGUUUGAUGGUAUUUUGUAUAAUAAUUUUCCAAUAUAAGUAAAUAUCCAAAUUAGAGGUUUGUUUUAUUUUAUAAGUUUUUGUGGUAUGUGAAUAUAUGGUGAGACUGAACAGAAAUUGUUAUCAAAUUUGAAACUCGAAUAAUAUAAGAAUGACUAGAGGUAA